AUGGCGCCAGCUGCAGCUCGUCACGAGACUGCACUGGAUGGUGCUGACGACAAAACACUUAUGCCCUAUGGGACCCGAGGUUCUUCGAAGCGCAAAGCUGCUGAGAUUAGUUCGAGUCCUUCUGCUCCUCCACCUGCUGUAUCUGCUCCAAAGGCGUCUACUCGCUCGUCCAAGACUAAACCUGCAGCUCAAAAGGCGACUUUAUCAACUGAGCCCCGCCAACCCCCGGAAAAGAAACGUCGCUCAUCACCAACACUUCCACCCGAUGAUCUCAGCUCUCAAUCUUUUGCAAUUCAACUGGCCGAUGGUCAGGUCUGCCAGGAUAAUUCUGUCAACGGCGAUCAUCAAAUUCACUCCCCAAUUCCAGAGGCGGGCGAUCAAGUCCCAGGAUCUUCGGCUACCCCCGGUCCGGAUGCAGAUUCACUAAGCCAACCCAUUCCGGAUGUCCAAGUUGAUCCUCCCAGCGAAUCCUCUGGCGAUAUCCAAGACUCUUCAAUUCUAGAAGAUGAUGUUCCUGAGGCUGAGCUUGCCAAUGGCAUGGGCAAUUCUGGCGCUGGUCGAGGCCGGGGACGAGGCCGUGCCAGUCCUAGAGGUCGAGGCUCAUUAAGAGGCCGUGGUUCCAGAGGUGGCCGAGUCAGCAAAGCUACUGCAGUUGGUCGUGGUGGAAAGACCGUAACUCCAUCUGCUCGGGGUCGUGGCGGUGGCCGAGGUCGUGGUGGUCGACGUAAGAAGCCUGAGGAUCCUGUCAUUGAUGUCCUCUACAAGCGAAAGGCCGAGCUCAAGGCCCAGUACAAGGUUAUUGCGUCUAUGCAACGAGAAGCUUUGAUUGCUCUUGCCGAAAAGUCACUCGAAAUGGCCCUAGCUGAUCCUUUUUUUCAUGAGGCUCUUCCCGAGUUUGAGGAGGUAACCGAGGCUCUUAAGGGGGAGUUCGAGAAGUGCAUAGCUGCAAACGACAAGGAGCUUGGGCAGAAAGCUGGAUUGACGAAGCGUACUAUGGAGUACAACCAGUAUAUUGUUGAGCAACAGUACAGAUUACGUAUGGAGGAGCUUAAAGAGCAAUACGAAGCUCGCCUCAUGGAGCAAGCAAAUUACAUCUAUUACAAGAAAACUAAAAACGAGAGAGAUAUCGACGAGAUUCCUUUCCCCAAUGGUGAGGAUGGGAGAAUCGUGAAGCAGUCAGUCCCUCCCCCAAAGCGUGUGCAUGGAACUGGACAUCCAUUCAUGGAUCCUGGAAAAGCUGUCAGCAAUGCGCGCAGUACUCGUGGUGACAAUGACUAUGAGCAACACCCUGCCAAUUGGUGGGAGGCCAAGUCCAAAAAAGAAAAAGCAGCUAUUCUCAGAAAGCAAGCUGAGAAUGUUGCCGAGAGAGAGAGACUUCAACGCGGUGAUAGACGAAAGAAAGGCGGUCGACAAGCUCUCUUCCAGCCCAACGCGCAACAAGAAACCGCCGAGGGCGGAGAAGCCGCUGCGGAGCCCGAAGACGACGCAGAAGAGAAAGCCGAGGAGGAAGUUGUUGAAGCUCCUGCUGAGUCUCUACCAACAACUGUCCCAGGCUCGCCAGAUGAUGAGGCCGAACCCAAUGUAAACGAUGAUGCUGAUAGCGAUGCUCGGCCUCAAGACACAGAUGAUUAUGGUGUCAGUAUUCCCCACAAGAGAGUUCGUCGCGAUCAACCACCACCUUACAACAGAAUCCAAGCCAGUGCUCCCGUUGAGUUCGAGCCACAUGAGAUAGGUCUUCGCCAAACACACUACCAGAAGCAACCAGAUGGGACUCACAAGAAACUUGGACGAGACAUCGAUCCUAAUCCGAAGAAUGGAAAAGUCUACUACGACCAGAGACAAGGCCGCUACAAUGCCGGGAAGAACCAGCCAGAAGACCUCGACCAGGAGAUUGUCGCUGCGCACAAUCUACAUCCGAGACUUGGUCUUCCUAUUGCAGGCUCCGUCAACCCUAGACACGACGAAUGUUCAGAACCAUAUUUCCCAAAGCCCACUGACUGGACUCAACCGUGGAAGAACAGUAACCCUGUAAUGUUCGUUCACACCGCUCUCGAUGGAACUCGCUCGAUUUCACGAACAUCUCGUUCGGAGUGGAUGUAUCGAGCUCAGAGAGCAUUCGAUCAACUCCCUGUAGCCGAGAAGAUGGGCGACCUCCUCGACCGAUCCGGAGAUCGCGAAGUCAGACUAGUUACACCGAGCAGCAUCCCAUCCUCACCGAUUGCCCGCUCCUCACCCGUUGUCCCUUCCUCACCUAUUGUCCCCUCUUCACCCGAUUCCCCCUCGUCACCGAUUGCCCCCUCCCCGCCGAGAGUCAUCGCCGCCGAUCUCGUCAGCGCCGUUAACCAAGCUGCCGACGAGCAAGCUGCUGAAAUUCUUCGCGCCACCGAAGAAGAACGUCUAUCCCGCGCCCGAGCAGCUCCCCAGCCUAUGUACUCACCCGGCCAACCACAGACGCCAUACGUGAACUCCCCACAGGUCGCAUACUCCCCACCCAGCGGCUACAAUCCUCAGAACCUGGGCUUCUCUCCUCCGCAGCCAACACCCAUGGGACCGCCUCCUAUCCCCCCACCACGGUCGAUCGGCUACGACCCAGUCCGCGACCGCACGUAUCUUACGCCUUACAUACGAGAUCGAGUUUCUCCACCGCGCCGUCCAGCGGCUCACGCAACAUUCGCCAACGGUGGGAAUCUGUCUGAGCUGGCUAACGCCGCCGAUUUCUUCGGGUCGAGACCACCGCGUGGUGCCUACGGAGCUCCUCUCAACCCGUACGAAAACAUGCCCAUGCCGAUAAGCCAGCAACAGCGGCUGUCGGGGUUGACCGGAUUCCCUGGGGGUGGAGUGGUUGGAUUUGGUCAGCAUCAGAUGGGUUCUUACGGGCCUCCUCCGCCACCGAGUUCGAGGGGUGGUGGUGGUGGUCAUGGUGGUGCGAGGGGCGGACGGGCUCCAGCGAGGGAACUAAGACCGGCUCCUCCGAGUGCGGGCGGUUCAGGACAGCAAGCACAGCAACAGCAACAGCGACCACAGCCACAGCCACAGCCACAGCCACACCAACCACAGCAACAGCAGCCUCCACUUCUGUACAGAGGUUGGCCUGGCUCUGGGUACGGCCAGUGA